AUGGCAAGCAAGAAGGCGGCGUGCGUGGAUGCGCCCAAACGGAGCAGGAGUCCGCUGGCGUCCGAGGCGGAGAUGUUCGGCGAAUUUCAGGACUGGUGCCUGCGCACUUACGGGGACUCUGGCAAAACCAAGACCGUCACUCGGCGGAAAUACAACAAAAUCAUGCAGACUUUGUUGCAAAACGACGAGGCGGACGGCGUCUACGUGCAGGACAACAGCCACAUUAACGCCAAAUUCAAAUUCUGGGUCAAGUCGAAAGGAUUUCAGGUGGGCGCCGGCGUCUUGGGAGAGCACAACAAGAAAGGAGCUCCGGGGAAGCCCGUCCUCUACGUCCCGGUCAAGUCCACGUGUUCGGACGGCAAUUCGGCCCAGGACAAUUCGUCCCUGAAGCGUGUGGCCGUGGUGGAAGACUUCUUCGACAUCAUCUACGCCAUGCACGUGGAGAUCGGCGCCGACCCCGGCCGGGCGCCCAAACACGCUGGCCAGAAGAAGACCUACAAAGCGAUCGCAGAGACCUACGCCUUCCUGCCACGAGAGGCGGUGACUCGCUUUCUAAUGAGCUGCGGCGAGUGUCAGAAGAGGAUGCACAUCAACCCCAGUGCGGCAGAGUUCAAAGAAAAUGACCGUCCGACGUCGCUGGUGCCAGACCUGAUUGACUACAACAUGCCCUUGACUGCCACCUACCUGAAGCAAAUGAAGCUGCAGUGCAUGACUGCCACUGAAAGGGACGACUCGUCGGUCAGCAGCGAGGACACUGACGGCGCCGAGCCAGUGUGGGCGGCAUCCCGGCGGCCGGUGGCAGUGGCGGAUGAACCUGCUCCUCCCAACGACCCGCCGCCCGCCGUCAAGGAAGAAGACGCAGAUGAGGUAUCUUCAGAGAGCAGCGGCGGCGGCGGUGGCAACGGGAUCGCAUGGCCCCCUGACGGCGGCGCCACGUAUGGGGAGCCGAGCGAGAACGGCUCGGCCGUCCCCCUGGACUUCAGCGGCGCCUCGGACGAGCGGCGGUUGCUAAACCCAAGCGAACGACGGCCGCAAGUCGGCUCUGGCUCUUCGUCGCCGCCACCUUCCAACUCCUUCCCGGCAGAGCCUGGCAGGAAAUACCCACUCAAAAGUCAAUAUGCCAAGUCUUCGCCUCCGUACAGCUACGACUCGGCCAGGACGGAAGCUGUCGGCACCGACGGAAACGGUGGUGCUGAGGACUUGAGCUCUGGCCGCGCAGCAGUGGCCGACGAUGAUGACGACGAUCACGACGACGACGGCGACAAGCUGAACGACGUCGAGGGGAUGGACCCGGAGAGACUCAAAGCUUUCAACAUGUUUGUGAGGCUGUUCGUGGAUGAGAAUCUGGACCGCAUGGUGCCCAUCUCCAAGCAGCCCAAGGAGAAGAUCCAGGCUAUCAUGGAAUCAUGCGGCCGGCAGUUCCCCGAGUUCCAGGAGCGCUCACGCAAGCGCAUUCGCACCUACCUCAAAUCUUGUCGCCGCAUGAAAAAGAGUGGUUUCGAGAUAAGACCGACGCCCCCUCACCUGACCUCCGCCAUGGCCGAGAACAUCCUGGCCGCCGCCUGCGAGAGCGAGACCCGAAACGCUGCCAAGAGGAUGCGCCUGGACGUCUACCCGGCGGACGAAGCUGCCGUCCCGCCGGAUGAGGAUCCCCCUCCUGCGGCACCGUCGGGCUUGGUGAUUUCGGCCGCGGCUUUUGCCCAAGACCAGCUCUAUGCCAACGGAGGGCUCAACUACAACCUGCGAGCAUACGGACCGGUCGCCGCCAACCGGCAGAAUGCUGCGCCACAAAGCAACGGUCCGACAGAUCUGAGCAUGAAGUCGGCGGUGGCGGCGACAGAUGCCUCGUCCUCCAACAGUUACGGGCAGGGCGGCGGCGGCGGCGGGGGUGGUGGGGCCUCGGCCCAGCUCAGUCCCCCAGAAGUGACGGCGGUCCGGCAGCUGAUCGCCGGCUACCGGGAGUCGGCCGCCUUCCUGCUGCGCUCGGCCGACGAACUGGAGAACCUCAUCUUGCAGCAGAACUGA